UUGGGGAUGGCAAGAUGGCGGCCUCUGCCUUUGCCCGUGCCUUCAGAGCUGCAUCAGGGGUCUUACGGCCCCUGAAUAUUUUGGUGUCUUCAGCCUGUCAAAACGGUGUCAAGAAUGCCUGUCUUAGUUCUGCACUGUCCACCCGGCAUUUUAGUUCUCUGCAGACACCAGUUGUUUCCUCUGCUCCCAGACUUGCCACGUCUGUCAGAAACCUGACAUGUGGACAUACUGCAGCAAUCCUCAAUAGAGCGGCCCCCUUGCUUCCAAAUGUCCUCAAGCUACCAGUCAGAACCAUAACAUACUUCAGUUCACGGAAAGGGAAGAGAAAGACUGUGAAAGGUGUCAUCUACAGGUUUCUUCGACUUCAUUCUGGCCUGUGGCUAAGGAGGAAGGCUGGUUAUAAGAAAAAAUUAUGGAAAAAGACAACUGCAAGAAAAAGGCGCUUGAGGGAAUUCGUGUUCUGCAAUAAAACCCAGAGUAAGCUCUUAGAUAAAAAUGACAACAUCUUUUUGGAAGAGGCGAAACUGGUAUGCUGA